AUGCAGGCAGUGCAGUGUCAGUGAGGAGAGAGGGAGCAGUCAGUGCUGCAGGGCAGAGGUUAGCGAGGAGGAGAGUGCGUGAAUGAGAGCUGCUGAAUCUGCUGUUUGCUUGUUUUGCUGGGCUGCCUCCUUUCCACACAGCACUGGCACCACAGAAUACCCUGCCACCACUAAAGACGCUGCUGAUUACCACGCUAGUUAGCCACGGCGCUAACAGGAGAGCAAGGGGCCACCAGGAAUCAAGUUAUCCGGGUUUCUCCAUCCUUUGAGCAGGGGACGUAGCCGUGUCGUGUAGUGGAGGGGGCUGACGCUACGAUUUAGUCACCCGCUCCUACCUCCCCCAACCCCACUCCCCGUCCCCUUCUCCCCAACCACCACCAGCAGCCCGCUUGCUCCUCCCUAUCUAUGCCCUUGUCCUCGGCGGCUCCUCUCAACUCCCUGGCCAGUAUAUGGAUAGAAGCUCCCUGUUUCAGCUCAUACAAGAGCAGCUGGACCCAGACAACACCGGUUUCAUCGCAGUGGAGAACUUCACCAGUCUGGUGGAGCACCAUGAGCUGCAGCUGGACCCCUCCAAACUGGACAUGCUGUUCGCCCUGGUGCAGAGCAACGAGGAGGGACAGGUGUGCUACCAGGAGCUCAUUGAGCUGAUGAGCAGCAAGCGUUCCAGCAGUUUCCGACGGGCCAUCGCCAAUGGCCGCCGUACGCUGCAGCGAGAGAUCCUAUUGGAUGAGACGGGCCUUGGUGUGUACAAGCGCUUUGUGCGCUACGUGGCCUAUGAGAUCCUGCCCUGCGAGACAGACCGGCGCUGGUACUUCCACCAGAAUCGCCUUUGUCCCCCGCCCAUAUUCAUGGCCAUCAUUACCAUUGUCCAGAUCAUCGUGUUCAUGUGUUAUGGCAUCAUGCUGAAUAAGUGGGUACUGCAGACGUACCAGCCAGACUUCAUGAAGAGCCCCCUGGUGUACCACCCCAGACACCGCCACCAGGUCUGGCGCUUCUUCAGCUACAUGUUCAUGCACGUUGGGUUGGAGCAGCUGGGGUUCAACGCUCUGCUCCAGCUGAUGAUCGGAGUUCCCUUGGAGAUGGUCCACGGCAUCCUACGCAUCAGUCUGCUGUACAUGGCCGGUGUUUUGGCAGGGUCCUUGACGGUGUCCAUCACAGACAUGCGUGCUCCAGUGGUGGGGGGCUCCGGCGGGGUCUAUGCUCUGUGCUCGGCGCAUCUGGCCAACGUCGUCAUGAACUGGGCCGGCAUGCGUUGUCCAUACAAGCUCCUCCGCAUGAUUCUGGCGCUGGUGUGCAUGAGUUCAGAGGUGGGCCGUGCAGUGUGGCUGCGCUUCUCCCCGCCCUUGCCCUCCUCGGGGCCCCAGCCCAGCUUCAUGGCCCACCUGGCGGGGGCGGUGGUGGGCAUCAGCAUGGGCCUGCUCAUCCUGCGCAGCUAUGAAGAGAGCCUGCAGAAGCAGUGCUCCUGGUGGGUCAUCGUCUUCUCCUUCAUCACGUUCCUUCUCUUUGCGAUUUUCUGGAACAUCUUCGCCUACGAGCUGCUAGGGGUGCAGCUCCCGCCUGCUCCCUGACACCAAGAAGCUCCCUCCCACUCCAUUACAUUGUCCCUCUCAUUGUCAUAUGUCAAGACCCAUCCACUUUACCAUAUCCUUUUCCUGUCCCCUCAGCCAACCUCCCAACAACACCAUUCAAAACACCAUACGUUUUUUCAUUUAAAACUGUACAGGGCAGGAAUUAUUCUUUCCAUGUACCCAUAUCAUCAAAAAAUCAUAUCUGUUUUGUGGUGGGAGGGAAUUUGGUAGCAACAUAUGCAGGUGAAACCUGUGUAGCUCUCUUCAUAUCCUCAUUGUGGAGCAGCUAUGUAAAAAGGUCAUCCCUUUUGUCUUUUGUGUUGAAGCUUUACCCACCUCAAGGUUGAACCUGUCAGCGAGCCAUUUUGAUUAAUACCCAUGCAGCUUCAGUUCUCCUGUGUUCAGAGUGGGUUCAUGACCCUCUAGGUGCUUCUUACUGGACAGGUGUGCGUUCUGUCAGUAUCCCUCACUGCCCCUUUUAAAGCCAUGAGGCAGCAGGGCACCAGUGUUCUAUUGCUCAACAUGCACCUAAACAGAAUAUCUACACUGUGGAAUAAUGAUAGGAAUUCACAGGAAUAGGUAUUACAUGUAACAAGGCAUGCAGCUAGGAAGUAUAGAGGUGGAAAAGACAAGAGGGGAGAGGGAAAAAAAAAAUGCUGAAACUGUGACAUCCUUUCUCCUCACCGUCACCACCAUGGUGCUCAUGUCCGUAGCCAUUGUCACUCUCCUUUUCCACCCAACCUAAAUGCUUCCGCAGGUUAGCAUAAUCUCUACCACUACCAUAUGCUAACCUGCUAAGCACCAGCAUCUCAUCUAGCUAAUGCUAUAAGGUCGUAACUAAAACGCUUGCUCUGUGCACCUUGGACACACCAGCCUUCACCCUUCUGUGUUGCCAUCUCCUAGAACAACCACUGCCUGAUGCUGUCGGUGUGGGAACGCAAAGAGAGAGAUGCACACACUGUCAAUUCUCACUCUAACACACUGAACUGGGGAGGGCAAUGGACAUGUUAUCAUCGCCUGACCUCUGACCUCUGUGCCCCAGUGGGCAUUGGGGUCGGUCUGUCGAGGCCCAGUCUAUACCUCAGUGUCUCAUUCUUAGGGACUGUACACUUUUGUAAAGGAAUGUAAGCAUAAAAAAAGUGUUAAUAAUUUAUAUUCUGUUUUUCCUUUGGUAGUGGAUGUGGGUAUUAUAUGUUCAUAAUUAAGAGUAUAUUUAAUUGUAUUUUUUCCUUGUUUGGGAAAACAAAAGAAGAAAAAGUUUCAAACGGUGCAGACUUAAUGCUAUGAUUGUUCUUAUGAUUACUCCUACUAUACAGCUUUGUUCCUCGAGCAGAAAUCCCUGGUUACCAUGACGAAUGAACACCAAUGACGCAGGUUACACUCGUCUUUAUAAAUCUUAGUGCUUUAAAGAAUAAGCCAUAGAAGAACCAAUUCAACAUAGACAUGGAAAACAAAGGAUGAGUAAAAACAGUCCGUGCCUGAUUUCUGGUAUAUGCUUUGGUGAAUGUUUCUGCCGUGUAGUCGUCAUUAUUAAGGUCAAAGCUGAUCAAAUAUUUAAUAUGUUAUGUGGUAAAUGAAAGACAGGAUGACAAAGCCAAACUCUUUGUGCAAGAACAUGCUUGAGAAAUGCUGGACUGUUAAACAUGAAAUAUUUGUUGUAAAACACAUCUUAACAACUUGGUUGACCAAUAGAAUAUUCAGACACAGCAUUACUGUAUGAUUGACAGAUUCCAAAUCACCCCAGUGUGGUGAUGCCUGACUAGUCUUUUUUGGUUAAUGACACAUUUUGGAUAGAGGAACAUGCCCCAAAUUAGCUCAUUGUCUGAACCAAGCAUUUGCUAAACUUGAAAUUAAAUGUACUUAUAUGUAUUCUUUUUUUCAGUUUGUAAGCUAAUUCAUGUGAAAGGUUUCUUCUGACUGUUUUAGAGAAGUUUUAGUUUCCAAUGUUGACAGUUGGUCUCAGACAUAAUCCUCAGCAUACAUGAUUGUCACUGACAGAUGAUACUCGUAAACCAUAGAAUCCAUAGGACAUUAACACAGAAAAGGCAAUGGGGCCUACAUAGGGCUAGAAACUAAAUAUUGGUAAAACUGUUAAUAGGAGUAGGAACCUUCCCGAAAAUGAAAACUAAAGGGGAUGAUAAAAGCUGAAGUACAAGGUACAAGCAUCUAUUUCCCCACCCUUAAAAACACACCCAGGUCUCAGUUAAGUUAUUUGUCAACCGGUUGUUCAGUCUCAAAUAAGUCUCCAAUUCUGUAUUCAUAGACAUGUUCAUUUUUUCUCUCUUUUCACCAUGGCGUAUGAGACAGCCGUCGGAGGAAUUAAGAAGUGCGUAUAUCUUAAUUAAGCAGGCAGAGAAGAGGUCGACGGGAGUAGUUUAUUACCCGUCUGCAAGCCAAAUGACUUCACCUUGGGCUGCAUCCAAACACAGCAGUAUUAACGACACAUCUUCUACAAAAGCCCAUCCAAUCCCACUCUCCUUUUGGCUGAGAUGCCCCUGCUUUGUCCAGACAUCCGAGGAUCUGGAGGGAGAGGCAUAAAUGCUGUGACGAAGGAGCAAGUGUCAAUCUACAGGCUGACAUAUGUGACCGUUUUAGAUGGUGCCAAUGUGUGUCCAUGAGCGAUGGCGGGAGAGGGGGAACAGAGGAGGAGGAUUGGAGAUGGCACCACUCAUAAAACACCAUUGGGGUCAAAGCAACUGUGUGUGCCUUCAUAUCUUGUCUUCUACCCAUCACAAUGCCUCGGGCGUCAGAAAUGAUGUAUGGCUGUUACGUGGGGCUCUGUUCUACCAGGACCCGGGGCUCCACCACUGUAAACAGGAUCAAUUUUUCUUUAAGUAGAUGUGAAAGGCUGCAUGAUGCUGAUUUAAUUGCUGUCUUUUAUGUGACAUAUUUGUUUUCAUCUGGUGAAGAGUAGGAUAGGGGCCAGCCAACCAUACCAUGUGAUCCAUUAUAUAAAUGAUGCUCUAUUGAUUAGAACCCCACCACCACCACCUCUUUAGUGAGUGGUCUACUGGUCCCCGCCCCCUUCACAUUCAAAUAUGUAAACAAAGCUAUGCGGACACCCCUUCAAAUUAGUGGAUUCAGCUAUUUCAGCCACAUCCGUUGAUGACAGGUGUAUAAAAUUGAGCAUACAGCUAUACAAUCUCCAUAGACAAACAUUGUCAGUAGAAUGGCCUUACUGAAGAGCUCAGUGACUUUCAACGUGGCACCGUCAUAGGAUGCCGCCACCUUUCCAACAAGUCAGUUCCUCAAAUUUCUGCCUUGCUUGAGCUGCCCUGGUCAACUGUCAGUGCUGUUAUUGUGAAAUGGAAACAUCUAGGAGAAACAACGGCUCAGCCGUGAAGUGGUAGGCAACACAAGCUCACAGAAUGGGACCGCCAAAUGCUGAAGCGUAGUGCUUAAAAAUCACCUGUCCUUGGUUGCAACACUCACUACAGAGUUCCAAACUGCCUCUGGAAGCAACAUCAGCACAAUAACUGUUGGUCGGGAGCUUCAUGAAAUGGUUUUCUAUGGCAGAGCAGCCGUACACAAGCCUAAGAUCACCAUGCGCAAUGCAAUGUGUCGACUGGAGUGGUGUAAAGCUCGCCGCAAUUGGACUCUGGAGCAGUGGAAACGCAUUCUCUGGAGUGAUGAAUCAGGCUUCACCAUCUGGCAGUCUGACGGACUAAUCUUUGUUUGGCAGAUGCCAGGAGAAAGCUUCCUGCCCCAAUACAUAGUGCCAACUGUAAAGCUUGGCAGAGGAGGAAUAAUGGUCUGGGGCUGUUAUUUAUGGUUCGGGCUAGGCUCCUUAGUUCCAGUGAAGGGAAAUCUUCCAUACAGACAUGGUUGGUGUAGAUCGGUGUGGAAGAACUUGACUGGCCCGCACAGAGCCCUGACCUCAACCCCAUCAAAUACCUUUGGGAUGAAUUGGAACACUGACUGUGAGCCAGGCCUAAUCGCCCCACAUCAGUGCCCAACCUCACUAAUGCUCUUGUGGCUGAAUGGAAGCAAGUCCUCGCAGCAAUGUUCCAACAUCUCAUGGAAAGCCUUCCCAGAAGAGUGGAGGCUGUUAUAGCAGCAAAGAGGAGACCAACUCCAUAUUAAUGCCCAUGAUUUAGAAUGAGAUGUUCAACAAGCAGGUGUCCACAUACUUUUGGUUAUGUAGUGUAUUUGUCAGUGUCCAUGAAUAGCCUAACAUUUUGAAGGAAGGAAGGAUCGGUAUUGAACCACAUCACCAUUAAAGGACGUCACUGUUAAAACCAAUGAUAUAUAUAUAUAUAUGCUAAUGUAUGUAUUGGCCAAUGACAGGCUUUGAAGCCACUGGUCGGCCAUAUUGGCACUCCUCAGAAAAGCAUUCCUCAAUAAGAAUUAAUGGAAUUCUAAAUCUUCUCUAGUGUGUAUAUAUAAAUGAUAGGUUAAAACAAAAAGUGGGACCAACAUACCACCUUGCCAUGUGCCCUCCAUUUUCCUUGGAUGCAUCAACCCCAUAGUUGACAUCAUUCUAUGGGGCCGUUCUCAAACCCCUUUCCCUGUUCAUCCUUUCUGUGUUCAUGUCUAAAUGCAACAUAACUUUUGUAGCAAGCAUAUUUGAGAUUUAUACUGUUAUUAGAUACUCCAGACUCUUGUGUUUUGACAUCAUUGAGCUUUUUUGCACUUGUUGUAAUGUGGUAAACUGACAUGUCCUCGUGCCAAUAUGUUAUAGUGCCAUUUUGUUCUUUAUGCUUUCAUUGGUAUUACCUCAUUACCCCAAUUUUUUGUGCUCUUAUGGAUAAUGCCUUGUUACAACUAGUGCGUCUACAUCCUAAACUUAGCAAUGGGAGAGGGGGCUUGGCUUUUGCGUUUGUGUGUGAUUAAAGGCAUCAGGUUAUGAGGGUCACUGCACUGCGUCACUGUCCUGAUCUUUAUAUAGUAUGGACAUGUAGAUCAACCAACCUUAAUUAUAUUGAUACCUGCUCUAAGCUGAUGCUUGUGAACAAGCAGGUUGCCUUCUCCCAGUACGUGUCAGUGGUGUACUACUUGAACAUGGGGUACUUGAAUGCGGUACUGUAUGAGGCAGGCUACUGUAGCUCAUUCGACAGAUAAACUGUUAUUUGAAAUAAAAAGCAAAGCAAGCAAACCAGCGCAUUACUUUUUCAGUAUCAACUUCUAAUAUUAAUUCAUUGGAGCGCAGUGGAAUCCACACAUGGUUUGACCAACAUACAACAAUCACCAGUGCUGAAUAGUCAUCCAAGUUGUUUUCAUCUAUCUCUAGACCAUUAGAAUAGCAGUAUAUAUAGGUUUUGAAUGCAGCAUAUGGUACAGUAGUUAUGGAUAACUGAGGCAGUUUGGUUUAUGGUCAUAUGUGUGCUGCUGUGGUAGUUUACACUGGCUGUUCUCUUGCAUUGAUAAAAAUGUUGCCAAGCUUAGGAGGUUAAGCCUCCAAAUCCAGACCAGAAGUUGUGCCAAAACAGCGUUUACAAAAGAAUUAAUAAAAAAUUAAUAGAGAGGCUAUUUUUCUCUGGGUCACAAAAUGUAUGUAAAUAUGGAUAGUUUAUAUUAAAUUCCUCAUUAAUUAUUUAAUGAUGUAUUGUACUUUUUAAAUGUUCUGAAUUGAACCCUUUUAUAUUGUAUAUAUUUAUGUUUUAUUUUGUACUGUUCAUUGUACUUGCUUUAAUUUCGGAACAAUACAAAUAAAGAACAAUACUGUGGAAA